AAGGGAUUACUACUCAAACCAGUACACAGGAACAAGUCGAAUCGCACAUCUUGUCAUUCAGCUCAAGAUACCAACCAAUCGUGGUACUUUCAGGCUGCUGAAAGAAUAAAGAAUAGCCAUGGUGUACAUGCUUGAUAAACUAAACAGCGAUGAUGAUACGGGACGGAUUGAGCAGUUGGAGGCGGAAUUACAACGUGUACGCAAGGCUUUCCAUGACUUUAUGUCUACAUCUGAAGGUCUCGACAUCGACCUGAACAAAGAACUGAAAGAAAUGCGUAAGUUAUGCCCAGAUGUGAAUUGUAUCAGUGGUAAAUUUAGUCGAGUGGAAUACUUCGAAACAAGAUUUCUAACACGAAAUGAAACUUAAUACAAUCGAACAGAGGAAAAACUGAAGCACUCUACCUCUGCAAAUCAGUCUUUAGCAAAGAAACUACAAGAUAUGCAGCAUAUUUUACUGGAUCUAGAACGUUCUUCAAAAGAGACGAAACAACGACUCAAAAGCGAGACAAAAUUGCGACGAGAAGCUGAGAGGGCUUUGGCAGAAUUAGAAUCAGCACCUAAAAAUAGAGCUAGUGCUUUUCCAAUCAAAAGUAUGGAUAGUGGCAUCGUAACCGAAACAGCUUCUAACACAACUAAAGGGUAUGCAGAGCGCGAGUUGGAAGCAGUUACAGCUGAACUGAUUGCUACCCAGAAAAAAUUACGGAAGACGAAGGACGAUCUGGACAAGUCACAGGCACUUACUAAAGACUUGGAAAGAAAUCUCCAUAAUAUCGGAGGUGACGAAUCAGCAAAAAUUCUGUCGGGAGAUGACGAAGCACUUCUACGCGAGCUGGACGAAAUCAGAGCAGAAAUCGAUGCCGCAAGGAACGAUAUUCAGUCACAUUCACCGAAUAAAAUUCUUGGUAAACAACAGAUUUUUGACUACGAGAAAGAGCUUGAAGAUACCAGGGAAGAAAAUGCAAGACUCACUGAAGAGAUUUCUUGCCUACGAAAUAUAAUCUAUGACCAAGAUACGGUGGGCAGUCUCGCUAACGAAAAAGCCUUGAACCACGUUGACAAAGUCAAGUUACGAAGAGAAGUCGAAAGUUUGCGAAAUAAACUACAAAGGGCGCAAGAUGACUACGAAAGGCAAAUAGUGGACAUAGAAAUCUACUGGAGGAACAAAUCUCAGCAAGCAAACAUAGAGAAACAUGAUCCCGAAGAGGUUAGCGACGAUGAUAUUAUCGGACUCAAAUUUGCCAACGAUAACUCAUCUAGUCGUAGAGAAAGGGCAUUGGAAAAGAAAGCCGUUGAAGCAGAAGAAUUGCUUAAAAAAUCUGAGGAGGAAUGUUCGAAGAUGAGAUCCGAGGUUCUAUCGUUGACGGAAUCAUUGUACAAAGCUCGUCAGAAUCGUUCCGAGGCUUCAAAGAUAGGCAUAAAUGAAUCGAAACGUCAAGAAGGUGUACUUCUAGAAGCGUGGAAUGAGGUCGAGGAUAAGAAAAAGGAAAUUAUUGCGUUAGAGAAUCAACUAGUUUCUACACAAAACGAAGUGCGGUUGCUUUCUGAGGAGAUAUCGAACAUGAGCGGUGCGUUCGAAAAAGCUCAACUAGAAUACAACUCUGUCGUUGAUGAGUUGGAGAAAGUUCAAGAUCUUUACGAGUUGUCUCUCAAAGCAACAGAAUCAAAUUCAGAUGGUGCCGAGAUCUCCUUGCUUCGAACUCAGUUUCAGAUACUGAACGAAAAGAACGAAGCUCUCGGACGGCACGUUAAAAAGAUGGAGAAUGAGAUCCUGUCCGUUCGUGAGGAACAGGAAGAAGUUUUGGUUGGCGUUGAAGCGAGAACAGCAAUAGCCGAGGAAUUGCAAGCUACAGUCGAUCGAGCUGUGGAUGAAACUGACCAGAGAAACCAGGAAGUCGAAGCAAUAACAAACAUGAUGGAAGCCCGAUUGAGAGGUACUGAAGAAAGUGUCGACAUGCUUGAAAAGCAAAUUUCUGCAGUUUCAAGAAUAGCUUCCAAUGGGGCUACUAUUGCUGGGACGAACGAACAAAGCCCAUCAAAUGGAUGGCUCAUGAAUCAGUAUUACAGCGAAAAAAACGAAAAAGCUAAGGCUGCAAUUUCUGCAACAAUGUCGUAUUUGUCCGCCAGCUCGAAAUCUUCUGUUGGAAGAGAUGAAGACGACAAGAUUUUAGAUGAUCUUCUGAGCCUAGCAGAGCGAACUGCUACAUCGGCUAGUGAGGUCCAAAAUGCAGUGCCUUCUGUUCAAAAGAACCCUUACCAAUCGACUAUCGAUGGUUCACCUCGGCUUCUCGAGAUUAGCAAGGCGAUUGAGAAACUGACAACGAUAUCAAACACGAACAAGUGGUCUCCAAAGACCGAAACCAGCGAUGGUGAUGAUACUGUAGGUAGUGCGACUGCCUCGCUCUCUUCGAAUAGUCUUCAAAGUAUUCGAUCGAGGAGCAAGUAUGCAGAAAUUCUUCAGAAGGUUGCAGAUUACAAUAAAUCUUUUUCACCAGUGGCGGAAAACGAAAACGACGAUGAAGCUCGUGGAGAGGUUGGAGUGGAAGAAAGAGAAUGAAUAUUGGUCAUUCGAUGACAACGCAAAUCUCUUGUAACGGCUAGUAAUAUGUACUUAUAUAUGGUAUUUCGAAAGCAACUUGUUAUUUAUACUACGUCAUUUCCUAAUUGCCAUAAUUGAAUUACACGUACAUAUUCUGAAUUGAAUAAUUUAGAAAUUCUAGU